AUGGAUUCGAGGUCAAAGCUUGUUCAAGCCUUUAAUGAUUAUGGUGGCAGAGUUUCAAGCGAACAGCUCCUGAAAUUUAUAAAAGAGGAUAGUGAGUUGAGUCAAGAACCGAGAAGUUGUAUAAAGAGAAUAGUUGGUUCGAUCGCUGUGAUUGAAUAUGGCUCGGAUCGGAAAAGAUAUCUAGUUUUGAAAGACUUAGUUCGUGAUAAGGAGAAUCUUGUCUGCAACACUGUAUGUCAGUCGACUCAGACGUCGACGUCGCAGGUUGUGGGAAGGCCAAUGUGUAAGGUUUCCAGUGAAAUUAGUCGACCACAAGAGCGACCAGUGUUACAAAGACCAACCAGCAGUGUUUCACUGUCUACUAAAGCUUCUCAUAUGUAUUCAACAUACACGGGUAGUGAAACUCGUCUUUGGUGGUUAGCAGCUGUUGAUUGUCGAUUGGGAGAUAUGAGACGUCUGCUGGGUUUAAAUCCAAAACUAGCGAAUUGGAGUGAUCCGGUGCAUGGCUGGUCGGCAUUACACUAUGCAGCGAAAUUUGGGAAUGUGAAAUGUGUUCAGCUGUUGGUCUCUCAAUAUCAUGCUGACGUAAAUAUUCGAAAUAAAAGCGGACGUACGCCAUUGCACAUUGCAGUUGUCCAUUCACAGCGACCUAUUAUCAGGGCUUUGACAGAAGAUUAUAGAGCUGAUAGAGCUAUAAUGGAUUAUUCUGGCUAUUACCCAUAUAUGCUGCUGUCGGAUGACUUGAAGAGUGAAUUUGAGCCUAUUUUAACUUACGGUCAAUUACAACGAAUCCGAUCAGCAUUGAAUAUAUUGAAGCGGAAACCUGUGACUGGAGAUUGCGCGAGUAUUCCUACAAAUAGUUGUAACAAGAAAAAUGAUUCUUCUGAGCAGUGGUCAGUUGAGUUCAAGAGUCCAACGCGUCCACCCAUUAGGCAUAGACGCAUAGAGAGUUUACAAGGAGAUAUUUCCCCAUUCUCGCCUACACACAGCAGUUUAAGUCGAACUUCAACACUGAAACCAAUCAAUCAAAAUGGGGUUGAGCAGGUUCGUCGACGUCCUUCAGUUUUCGAAGAUAUCCUAAAAUCAGCUGUUGACGCUGCACAGAAUUGGAGUCCAUCGUGUAGUCCGGCGAAGAGUGUGUCAGAGAGGGAUAGUGACGGACAGGAACAGCACAAGGAUAGCCCAAAUGAAAGUGCUCUCAGUAGUAGUUCUUCGUCCAACGACGCACACGCUCGUCUAGUUCAACGCUUAGAUUCUUUGAUUUCAUUGAGACACGAACGUCAAAAACUGCCCAGUUGGAGACUGAAUGAUAGCAGUGCAAGUUGUGAUGUAGGAUCAUUGGAUUCUUCUGGUUCAUCUGAGUGUGAUUUAUCAGUGAUGAAUUUUCCUUCCCGAAAAUCGUAUACAAUUGACUAUCGGUCGUCCACCCCUAAUUCGAAAAGUUCAAAUCAGUCAUCAGAUCGUACACUGCAAUUACUUCUGUCGUUACUACCUGCACCACCACCACCACCUGCAACGACAUCAUCUUUGUUGAAGAAGGAAGGCGAAGAAGGAAAGUCGAGGAAAUACAGCAUAUCAUCGUUGAACAAACGUUUAAGUAGAAAUCUUCGUCGUUCUCUGUCGAAUUCCUCUGAUACAUAUCCAACAUCACCUAGUCAUCAGCGUGAAUUUCAUUCUUUGCCACAUGGAUAUCAUUCUUCCUCACCGACUGUCUGUACAAGUCGUAAAUCACUUUCAGCUACGGCGUUGUUGGCUGAAACAGAUGUUCGUCAAUUGCUGACUCCUAAAUUUUACUCACUAGUUAGGCGUAAAGCGUCAAGUAUUAGUCAACUGUCAAUUGAAUUUAUGAAGAAGCAUUUACAAGCUGAAGGUCCAGAUCCUUCGGAUGUUGAAGCAAUGAAGCUAGAGAUUGCAGAAUUGAAACAAAAACUUGAAUUGCUGGAAACUGAAAAUGCAGAGCUAAAACGAAGCUUAAAUCAUCAUCAACAACAGCUGACUCCAGUAACUGGAACAAAUGAUGGGAAUACAACGAAUUAG